UCUUUAGAAGCCGGCUUCUGGUGAAGAGCCGGCAUUUCAUUCGUCCGGCAGUAAGAGCUGCGCCCUCCACUAUUUAUUUAUUCCACUUUUUUGAGACCCCCCUCGGAACCGAACAUGCUCGCCCUGUGCCUUUACGUGCCGGUGUCCAACUCCGACCCGGUGGAAGUGGAAUACUUCGAGUCGAACGGACUCCCUUCCGAGCUCAAUUCGCUCUUUAACCAGCUGAGCGUCUUCCUGCCGUCCCAGGAGUUCUCCACCUACCAAAGAUGGCGGAAGAAAAUCUUGAACAGGGAGCCAAACCAGUCUGACGGCCAGCUGGACUUUGAGGAGUUUGUGCACUACCUGCAAGAUUAUGAGAAGGACUUGAAGUUGGUGGUCAAGAGUCUGGGCAAGAAGAAUGCAGGCCGAGUGGACACCAAGGAGUUCAUCCAGUCCCUGCAGGACAUCGGUGUCCACAUAUCACCUCAUCUGGCAGAAAAAGCCCUCAAGAGCAUGGACAAGAAUGGCAUCAUGACCAUUAGCAGCAAAGAAUGGAGCAAGUACAGCCUGGUGGAGGAGACUGAGAGCAUUCCUGAGAUCAUCUUGUACUGGAAACACUCCACGAUCUUUGACGUGGGCGAGAACCUGAUGGUUCCAGAUGAGUUCACCAAGGAGGAGAAGCAGAGCGGGAUGUGGUGGAGGCACCUGGUGGCGGGGGGCGGAGCUGGAGUCGUGUCCAGGACGUGCACUGCCCCGCUGGACCGGAUCAAAGUCAUGAUGCAGGUGUACGGCUCCAGAACCAACAACAUGUGUAUCAUGAGCGGCAUGAUGCAGAUGAUCAAGGAGGGCGGCGUGCGGUCACUGUGGCGAGGCAACGGCGUCAACGUCAUCAAAAUCGCUCCCGAGUCGGCCCUCAAGUUCAUGGCCUACGAGCAGAUCAAGCGUCUGAUCGGCGGCGACAAAACCUCGCUCAGCAUCCUGGAGCGCUUCGUGGCCGGCUCUCUGGCCGGCGUCAUCGCCCAGAGCUCCAUCUACCCCAUGGAGGUGCUGAAGACCCGUCUGGCCCUGAGGACCACGGGUCAGUACACCGGCAUCUCCGACUGCGCAAAGCAGAUCUUCAGGAGGGAGGGACUGUCGGCGUUCUACAAAGGCUACCUUCCCAACAUGCUGGGCAUCAUCCCUUACGCCGGCAUCGACCUGGCCGUCUACGAGACCUUGAAAAACCGCUACCUGCAGCAGUACGGUGCCACCGACCCCGGCGUCCUGGUGCUGCUGGCCUGCGGCACCGUGUCCAGCACCUGCGGCCAGCUGGCCAGUUACCCGCUGGCCCUGGUCCGAACCCGCAUGCAAGCGCACGCCUACGGCAACGCACAGCAGGUGACCAUGACAGCUCUCUUCAAGCAAAUCCUGCAGACCGAGGGCCCGUUGGGCCUCUACAGGGGCCUGGCCCCCAACUUCCUUAAAGUCAUUCCGGCGGUCAGCAUCAGCUACGUGGUCUACGAGCGCAUCAAGACGCACCUGGGGGUCACCUCGCGCUGAAACCAGACCCUCCCUGCCAGGUUUCGUGCCAGAGAAUCCCUAGGGGGCCUCGUGGCCCCUGCGGGGGCUCGUAAUGGAUCUCAUUCUGUGAAUGUCAGCUGAUGAAAUGCGAGAAAGGACGCGGGGGGUCAGGAAUGCCAAGAUGGAGGACGCCGGGAGCGCUGCUAUUUCUUACGGUUCGAAUGUGACGCAACUCAGGGACCAAAAGUCGGCGCUCCUUGGAAGGACGCUAAAGUGUUUUUUGCACAUGUGACUGCUCCCUCGCCACUAUUUAUUUCCUUCCUGUAUUUAUUGCUUUUAUCGAGGAGGAGAUAAAUGCCAAAUGUGGCCUUGACUCACGUGGUUCUCCAAGAGCGUUCACCUCAGGGUACAUCGUGGUGGAAGUCACGGGAGAAUUCACUUUUUUUUUUUUCCCCCCCACACAUACGUUGAGAAACAAGGGUUUGGAAAAAAAGAACGAGCAACACAUUGCACUUUAAUCUUUGCUGGAUGAUGUCCCAGCAGACUAGGUGUUAAAGAGUCUUCUUUUGUAAAGAAAAGUAUUUUAUGACUUAUUUUCAUGCAAAUAAAUGCAAAUCCUCAGUC